AAAGUUUUGAUAAAUUUUUCCAGAUUGUUAGAAAUUCAAUACUUCUCUGAUUAUCUCUAAAUUCCUGGAAGUUUCUAGAAUAUCAGGACGUAGCUUGAACAUGACUGUGUUUUCCUAGAAUCCCCUCAUAUUGAAAUGACAUCAUAAACGUAUUAUCCACAUUCAAAACUUGUAGAAAGAAUCGCGAGUUUCCUUUCUCCAUCCCUAGGAUGCCCGAUCAAAAAAGUAUCGAUGUAUUGCUUCGACAGAAAGCGAGGUAGAACGAACCGAUAUCUCGUUCUCCAAAACAUCGGAUUUGAAAAUGACGAUAGAAGAAUGUUGCAUUAGAGGCGAGUAGAGGUAAAGGGAAAAUGCGAUAGAAUUCGAUAGAAAAUCAUAGAGAAAUUCUAGCAGAAAAAAAGUAGGAAAUUCUCUCUAAACUCCUAUAAGACAGAACUGUCAAUAGAAAAAUGUAAUCAACUCAAAACGAAAUCCUUCCUUAAAAUACGAUAUACAUCACAAUUAUGCAUAAUUUCGUGAAAAGAAAUUAAAAAUUACUGACAAAUUAGAAUAUUGAGUGUUUAAAAUAUCGUUUCAUUCGAUUGAUCGACCGCAGAAGUUGGAAAGACUAUCGAUUCACAGACCUGCAAUGUCGAUUGUUUGCAUUAUCGAUAUCAACAUCGAACAGCCGCGACAUGCACAAUACCCCUCCACACAUAAUAAACCUGAGCGAGCCAUUUUGUGUAUUGUUAGAGCAGCUGUGCAAUAAUUCUCAUCUCCAACAACGUCCUUUGAGCCCGUGAAAUGUCAGAUACCCCUCGUCCCUAAUAACUAAUGUCUCGAGGAUAUUCAAUACAAUCUGACAAUUGUUCUUUUUAUAUCAGUGACGAAAAUGUGUAACAACAUCACGUGAAUUUGUUCAUUAAAAAUUUCCCAGGGGUUCGUCGUGACGAGUGAAAUACAGUUCACGAUAGAAGCAUUGGGUUUGUUCGUGGACGUUUGUCUCCUGUAAAAUAUUUAAAGAACUUCAGUAUUUAGAACGUUUUAUCAUCAUUCUUUUGUUCUGGCGGAGGCUGUCGUCAUCGUGGGGAUAUUCUCAAAAUGAACAACGACAGUAUGCAGACGGACCAGCACACCCUCCCCGUGUACGAGCACGAUCUAGACGACCCGGAGAUGCCUCAAGUCGUCGCAAUCUUCCCCACGUCUAGCAAGCCCUGUAUAAACGUGUGGAUGGACAAAAUGAGCAAAGGAAUCCUGACAUCGACCCACUUUAAGGAGCACUGGAGGAUCUGGGUGCCCCAGAUCUACAGUCCGGAGCCAAAUGGUAACUGCCUGGGCUGGUCUUUCGACGAGGACAUGGCGGAGAAGAUCCUGUAUAAUACCCUGGAGGAGUUCAUCUGCAAUGGUGAUCCCAGAGAGGUUCUUCAACAGCUAGUAAAGAUGGAGAAUCCUCCCUCAGUCUGCGGUAGAUUCUUCAAAGUUGGUGAACCCACGUACUUCUGCAGAGAGUGUGGAAUGGAUCCCACAUGUGUCCUGUGCGUCACAUGUUUCAAAGAAUCUGGACAUCAGAAUCACAAGUAUAAGAUAGCAACGUCCGGUGGAGGUGGCUGUUGUGACUGUGGCGACCCUGAGGCCUGGAAGAAGGAGGCUUUCUGCAGAAUACACGAGGCUGGCAAAGAAGCCAGGGAAAGAUCUGGCAAUAAAUUACCAGAGGAUAUUCGAGAGAGGGCUACGGCGACUUUCGAGGCAGUUUUACAAUACUGCUUUGAAUUGUUAGCAAGAGAACACACCCCUGGACUGCCAGCAGAUCUCAGAGUCAAGGAGGCUGACGAUGGUCCUCUCUCUCUGCUAGCAACACAAGACAGCUAUUGCACUGUUUUAUUUAAUGACGAGACCCACACAUUUGAACAGGUCAUCAGUACUCUUGCUCGAGUUAUCAAAUGCACCCAGAAGGAGGCAAUUGAAUUUGUCACGAAUAUCGACAGAAAUGGAAGAGCGGUUGUUAAAUGCUCAGGCUUUCAAUACUGCAAUGAAGUGAAAUCAGAUAUUGAGAGAUUUACGUCGCGACAGGGUAGUCAACCGUUGAAAGUCCUGGUAGUACAUGCCCACGUAAUAGCCCACCAGAUAUUCGCAUUGAAGCUCCUGGGAUGGCUCCAACAAUUUAUCAGUCACUGCGAAGGCUUCAGAAUCAUCUUCAGUGAAGUUGCAUUGAACAAGAAACUUCCCGACAUGCCCAUUGUCGAGGGUAUUCUCAUGAGGGACUCGCAGUUGUGGAAGGCUGCCAGAACAGCUUGGCAUCGUCUCUUCAUUUCGGGCAUGCUGAUGGAAUACGAAAACAAAAAAUCACUGGCCAUAGUUUUCACCACCAAUUAUGGUACUGUCAUGAAGGACUUCAUGAAGGACGAUCACGAUCACUCAUUCUCAAUAUCUUCGCUGUCAGUUCAGCUCUUCACAGUUCCAACAUUGGCACAUUACCUCAUCGCAAAUCACGAUGUUCUGUUUAUUCUUCUCAACACUUUUAUUUCGGAGAGCUCCAGGAAGUGCAAUCCAAUGGGUAAACUCGAAUUCGAGAGAAGUUUACCAAAUGCUUCUUUUAAAAGAGCACAGUACAUUCUCUGUGAUCUAUCGUAUCUUCUCGGCUCCAAACCCGAUGUCUGGACAGACGAAUUGCGAAAGGGAUUCUUGCAAGGUAUGUCUCUUUUGAUGAAGCUCCUCUGGAGCAUGCAGGGGACGGACGCUGUGAUUCGCCAAGUCGGACAGCACAUGGAGUACGAGCCCGAGUGGGAAUCUGCUUUUAAUCUUCAUGUUAAAUUAUCACCAGUCAUCAGCCUUGCCCUAGAAUGGUGUGGUUCUGACAGAGUUGUUCUCAUCAAAGCUUUCAGACUUGUACUUAAGAAACUCUGCGAAAACACGACCAAGGAUUCACCUGGCACUCCAGGACAGCUGAGGGAACUUACCGAUCAUUCGGCGACUUGUAUUGACUAUGACGUGUCCAUUGAGCCAGUGUCUAUUCAUCUCCCCCUGUCACGAUUUCUAGCUGGACUUUUUCUCUACCUUGAGAAGUAUAAUCUUGACUAUCAGAGCAGUGAGUUCAUGAUCCAAUCGAAAUUAUCACCAGUACAACUGAUAGAGCCUGUCCUAAGGGCUCAGACCAUGAUAUCACAAGUUCACGCUGGCAUGUGGCGAAGAAAUGGCUACAGCCUGCUCAAUCAGCUGUACUUCCAUCACAAUGUUCGUUGUCGAACUGAAAUGCUGGAUUGUGACAUAAUUCUCCUCCAAGUUGGAGCUUCACUCAUCGAGUCCAACGAGUUUCUGAUUCACGUUCUACAUAAGUACAGUCUCCUCCUCUGGGCUUACGAUAACUUCGAGACUAAUGCGUUGAAAUAUCCUGAGGAGGACAGCAUCAGACAGACUAUCAACCUCGUUGAGGAAUUUCUUGGUCUUCUGAUAACUAUCGUUGGAGAGCGUCAUGUGCCUGGUGUAGGCCAGGUAACCGCUGACGAUCGCCUCAAGAAAGAGAUCAUUCAACAGUUAUGCAUCAAACCAAUGUCUCAUUCAGAGCUAAAUAAAACUCUGCCGGAUGAUGUUCACCAUGAGACAGGACUUGAAAGAGUGAUAAAUGACGUGGCUAACUUUAAAAAACCAUCAAAGAAUUCUGGAGGAAAGGGACUGUACGAGCUCAAGCCAGAGUUGUACGCAGAGUAUAACGUAUUCUUCUACCACUAUACUAAAGAGGAAUUAAGCAAGUCUGAGGAAUCCCAGAGAAGACGUCGCAAGGCUAAUCAAGAGCUAGAGUGUUGCCCCCCUCCCCAACUGCCGAAAUUGACGGAGACUUUCAGUCUGGUAGCUAAUCUACUACAGUGCGACGUAAUGCUUCACAUAAUGCAGACAGUCCUUGAGAGGGCGAUAAACCUGAGGGCCAGAAGCUUCUCGGAGCCCCAGGUUCACAAGAUAAUUCACUUAAUAGGCUAUGCCCUUCAGGAACAGAUGACAGGACACUAUCCCUUCCUCAUUUUCACUGAUCGUGCCGCCAAAUGGCGCAUUUACAAGCUUCUGGAGGAGUUGUCAACUAGUCCCAGAAUCGAGGCGCACAAGGACCUAGUGACCUGGGUCCUGGGAAAAUACAGAGAGGCUGCUGGGUCAUCGAUGGCAGAGGGAAGCCAACAGCAGGCGACAGAUGUCAAGGAGCCCUCGGUGUCAACAACCACUGAAGGAGAAACUAAAAACAGUAAAGAAUGGAGAACACAGAUGGCUGCACAAAAAAGAGCCAAAGUAAUGGCACAAAUGGCUGCCAUGCAGAAGCACUUCAUGAAAAAGAACGCCAAGCUGUUCGAGGAAGCGGCCAUCGAUGCCAACAGCAAGGAGAAUGAACGCGGCUCGUCGAUGGAUUUAUCUGAGCUAUCGCCUGAGGAAGUUCCAGUAGCCCUAGGGCCUAGACAGACCCCCCCAGUCAUCGAGGAGAAUACUUACACUUGCCUUCUCUGCCAGGAGGACCAGAAAAUCACUGCUGGGGGUCGAGCCAUGGUGCUGGCAGCGUUUGUCCAACAGUCGACAGUCCUCUGUCAAAUAAGGAGUGAUCCUGCCGAGAAGUAUUCACUGUACUUAUCGUCGAGACUGGGGGCAGCACCUCACACGAGCACUUGUGGCCAUGUUAUGCACGCCAGCUGCUGGGAGAAGUACUUCGAUAAUGUUCUUGCUAAGGAGAAUCGAAGACCUUACAGACUGAGGCAGCCUGCCAGCUUUGAUAUUGAGAAGCACGAGUAUCUUUGCCCUCUGUGCGAAGGCUUAAGCAACACAGUUUUACCUCUACUCCCACCCCUGUCUAUAUUGCAGCCAACUGAAGUGAAGGAUCGUUUUAAUGUGGACUUUGACACUUGGUUGAACGGGCUCAGCAUAACUCUUGAUUGUAAAGGGAAGAGCAAUGGGAGCAUCGUUGAUGAUGUCCAUGAUGAGAUGUGCAGGUAUUGCAGACCGCAGAAAUCCGAUGAUUUCAGCGAUGACAGUAUCACGAUGAUAGAUCCCAGGGAAUUCUUCGCUUGCCCCAUCAAAAGAAUUCACACCAUUCUUGGGAAGGAGGUGGCCCAUGUUUUCGAUGUACAGGUAGCAUGUCCUACUAACACAGAGGCCAAACUGUCCGACGAUCUGAAGGCCAUGGUCGAUCUCUUCGCUCAGGCGACGUACACCAAGGGCCUGGCAGUCGACCCCCACACCAGUGACGUCAGGGUUCCACUGUUAGCCUGGAAAUCAACAGCCUACACCAUUCAUGCCAUCGAAUUCCUUCUGAGGGACAGUGAAAAGCCACUUCUAGGGCCACUUUCGUCCAGACAGAGAGACAGUUUGGAGUGCCUCGCCAGGGUCUCCGCGGUGCUGGGAGCCAUUUGGCCCACCAAUAGCUCCAGCAACACUUCAGGGUCCAGUACUGGUACCAUUGAAGGUGAACGCAACUGCACCAUCCUUGGCCUGCACGCCAUCGGUAUUCUCAGUACUAUGUUAGAUAAUUCCUCAGAGGAUUGCAUUAAUGAUUGGGAUUCCUUUGGAAUUCUCGUGCCUCUGCUGGCCACACUACCCAGUCUCUUUUCCAAGAACCCAGAAGAGCCUGCACCUAUUAUGACCGGUAGUCACCAUGAAAUUCACACCGUGAAGCUUGUCUUCGUGGCACUCAUCGUCAAGAUUUUAAUUACAUCUGAUUUUGACACCUCUGAAGAGAUGGAUGUGGAUGCCCUUGAGGAUAUGGAGACGGCUGAAGAGACAUACUCGGCUUUAGCGAAGAUCAUCAGGAUCGUUGGCAUUGAGACUGGUGGGCUCACGUUGUCGGAGAUAUGGAGACGUAUCAAGGUGGCCUCCCUUCCUUUCCUGAGGUGCUGUGCUCUCUAUUUUCAUUAUAUCACCGAUGUGCCUGCACCAGUGGAACUCACGGUCAAGGACGGCGAUACUUACGAGAGUAUCAUGAUGUAUCUGGGGCUUGACAGCAGCUGCGAAGCCCUCUUAGGUUCUGAUGGGGUCAGGGGACUUGCCAAAACCUGGAUGGAACAUCCCAGGAUAAAGCUAUCUCCCAUCGUAAAGGAACCCCUCAGGGUCAAUGGACUUGUCAAGCUACCUGACGACUACUCAGAGCUCAUCAACACAGUCUCAUUGUUCACGUGUCCAAAUAGUGAUAAAGAGGACUCAAGGAAUCCUACCAUGUGUCUUGUGUGUGGAGAAAUGCUUUGCUCUCAGAGCUAUUGCUGUCAAACUGAACUCAAUAAGACUAUGGUUGGGGCAUGCACCUAUCAUGCCAGCAAGUGUGGCGCUGGGGUGGGUAUAUUCUUGCGAGUCAGAGAAUGUGAGAUAUUGUUUUUGAGGUCUCCAAAUCGGGGCGCCUUCGCUUGUCCGCCUUAUCUAGAUGAGUAUGGAGAGACUGAUCAGGGGCUCAGGAGGGGUAAUCCUCUCAAGUUGUGCAAGGAGAAGUACAAGCAGUUGAAUCAAAUGUGGCUUGGACAUGGACUUCAUGAGGCCGUAUCCAGAGCUAUUGAGUUGUCCAGCAAUCUCAUGGCCACACAGUGGCAGCAUCUAUAAUCUGAUGAGUUUUAGGGAGUGAGAAAUUGUUGGGGGGAGGAACGGGGUUUUGUAUUUGUUUUUGAGGCUUUAAGGGUUGAUUCUCCAGUGCUCGAAAUUUUGGGGUUGAGGGACUUUCGGGGAGUGGAUGGAGAUCUUCGAUUUUUUAAUCUGUUUUUGCUGGAUAUGUUUCGAUUUGAGAUGAGUGAGAGGGUUUUUGAAGAACAGAUUUUACGACCAUGGGAUUCACAACGCGGUACAGACCCUCAACUAGAUAUAAAAAAGGGCUCCCCGAAUUGGAGAGAUUGGUUAUCGCCAUAAUUCAGGGAAUUUCGUUUUGUUUUUAUGUGAGAGUCAAAUGAUUCUUAUGGAUAUUCGGUGCUAUUCAUCGAAUGUUCGUGAGGAUCCGACGGCUCAUAAGGAUGUUUGGCAUACAAAUCCGAAUGAUCGUCAGGAUCAAGCAGCUCUUAAGAACUUUUAGAGUUUGGGAGUGAUGUUAAUUCUCUUAGAUCGUUUUGGCUCGUAUUUUAUUCUGAAAUUACAUCCAGUCCAUCAUUUCAAGACUGAACUCUUCACCCCAAAAUUGAGAAAAUAAUUUGGAAGAGAUGAACACAAUGAUAAAAUCAUAACGUGUGACUUGUAUAUAUUCGUAUGGUUGAGAUAUUUUUAUUUGCCUUAAUUAAUUAACGACUACUAUUUCUUUAAAAAUCAUUCAAGAGUUUACCACCUGUCGACAUUUAUCACCUUGCAAACACUAAGAAUAAUAUUAAAGUAAAAUUAUUGUUAGUGAUAUUGAACGAGAGUGUUGAGAGACCAUGAAAUACGCGAGAUUAAUCUAAUUUUAUUUAACUGAAUUGAAUAAUAACGUUGUGAAAUUAGACGUGUACUAUUGAUUAUUAUUAACUUGUUUUGUUUCAUGAGAUAAUUUUUUCUAGUUUAUUUUUAUGAAUGAAACGGGCGAUUGUAAAUCCUGUUUUUGUUCCCCUCACACCACGUGGCGCGACGUGUUUUCUGAGAUAAUUGAGAAAAUUUAGAACAUUUCGUCUCUGGUGACAAAGAGCAAGUGUAGAUUCGAAGGGCUUUACGAUAAUAAAUUAAUAUAAUUAUAGAUAAUUAAUAACUUUUACUUGUUACUUUAGAACGCAGAUAAAGGUCUCGUCGUCUGAAUAAAAAACCAUUUGGAAGAAUAAAAAUUGAUAAUAGAAAUAUGUUAA